CUCCUCACUGGAGUUUGACAGAAAUGAAGGGGAGCGAAGUAACUUUACUUCUCCAAAACAGGUUACUUAACGAGCCGCCAUGCGAGACCGUAUUUAACAUUCAGCAGGCAUGAAAUCUCACUCAGCUGAGCGGUUUGAGGACGUGAAGCUGCGGACAGCCCGCCACAACAAACUUUAAAGCUUUGUUUUUAGCCCACCGAGCCAAGGUCGGCAGGUUAGUGGACUUCAACCCACACGGAAGACAGCGUUAGCUUAAACUGUCAACAGUAACAAGUGUUCUGCGGGAAGAUGAGCCCUGGUUUUGUUUUGAAAUGAAAGCCUAGACUGGUGGUCCGUUUCGACACAUUUCUACAUAUAACCGUCCUGAAAAAGGUAAUCCGUUUGGACUCGGUAUGUUUCCCCUCGACUCGCCCUGGAAUAUCUCCUUCGCCGGGUGUGGGUUUCUCGGUAUUUACCAUGUCGGAGUGGCCAGCUGUCUGCAGGAACAGGCGCCCUUUCUGGUUGAAAAUGCCCAGCACGUCUACGGAGCCUCGGCGGGAGCCUUGACCGCCUCAGCGGUGGUCGUCGGGACAUGUCUGGGAGAUGUUGGGGCCAACAUCAUUGAUGUGGCGAAGGAAGCACGGAAGCGGUUUCUGGGACCGAUGCACCCUUCCUUUAACCUGGUAAAGAUCAUACGGGCCAAGUUGCAUGGUACGCUGACCCCUGAUGCUUACAGCAAAGCCACUGGUAGACUGGGCAUCUCUCUGACUCGCGUCACAGAUGGAGAGAACGUAUUGAUAACCCACUUCAACAGCAAUGAGGAACUGGUGCAAGCAUGUGUUUGCAGCGCCUACAUUCCAGUGUACUGUGGACUUAUACCUCCCACCCUGCAGGGAGUGCGGUAUGUGGAUGGUGGAAUCAGUGAUAAUUUGCCUCAGUAUGAGCUGAAGAACACCAUCACAGUUUCUCCAUUCUCAGGGGAGAGUGAUAUCUGCCCGCGAGACGUCAGCUCCAACAACAUGCACGAACUCCGAUUUACCAACACUUCCAUACAGUUCUCACUCUCCAACUUGUACAGAGUCACCAGAGCGCUGUUCCCUCCUGAUCCACUGGUACUGAAGACCAUGUGUAAGCAGGGAUAUAAAGAUGCCUUGUAUUUCCUAAAGAAAAAUGGCUUGUUGCAGUUCCGACAGCCACACCGCCCAUUGGGUGACGGAGCUGUGGAUAAUGAGGAAGACUCUGAUAAUGAGGAAAGACAUACAAGGGAAGAAGAGAUGCAUCCCAAUGCUCAUUCAGGCGCAGAGGAACACAUCUUUGAGCACUUGCCACCACGGCUUCAUAGAGCUUUGGUGGAGGCCUGUAAAGAAAGACGGAGUCUCUUGUACUCUCUAAGCAACAUGUUCCCUGUCAGGAUGCUGUCAACUAUCUUACUGCCAUAUACAUUGCCCCUGGAGUCAGCUGUGUCACUGAGUAUCAGGUUGUUGGAGUGGCUGCCUGAUGUACAAGAGGAUGUGGGCUGGAUAAAGGAGCAGACAGUAAAGUUGCUGCAGUAUGUUCUUCAACAUGCUGGGAGGAGUGUGUCACAACAGGUGUCUGGACGAUUUUCCUAUCAGCUGGAGUUGAGGCACUCUCAGUCUGCACCGGCUACGUUUAGUGCGGCCAGCCUGCUGCCAGGCUGGGUGUCUGGAGGCAGCUCGUCUGUGCUGGAUGCCAUCCAGCGUGUGGAGCAGUACCAGCGCCAGCUCCUACCAAGCCUCUUCUGUGUUAAUCUGAACCUGCGUGGCUCCUUCAGUGCUGGAUCCUCUACUGCAUCCACUCCUCCCCCCAUCCAUGAAGAGUCAGAUGAGGGUUUGAUCAUGCAUCCUUUGGGGCCCCCUAGCCCCAACUCACUAUCUUAGAAACAAUACUAGCUGGAGAACCAUCAAUGCAUUGUUUCAGUCACUGAAUGUCUAUUUAGGCUUUAUGUGAUGCCCCUGAGCCCCAGCCAUUCUGAAAGUACUUUUUGAUCAGAAUCUCAAAUCAUUGCAUAGAUUUAAGAAGAAAAUAAGGUUGUAACUAUUUAUUAACUCCUUAUAUGCCAAACUGAACUGGAGACCUUUUUUUAUUGGUUUUAGUUCAGUAACUUUGUUCUCUUGAGAAAGAUCCUCUUAAUGUAUGUGUAGUGUUUAACCUUGUGUUUCAUUUUAAGGUUAAGGUGUGCGCUGGUGUUUCUGGGUGUCCUUAUGAAAAUGUACAUUAAUGCCUAAUGAGGAAAUGAAUCACUGAGCUGUAUGUGUUGCUGAUGAAAGGAAAAAUUAUGUCACAGAUAUUUCAAAGUAAGCUCCAGGAGUUCUUAAGACAUUUUCCAUGCACGUGACUGCACAAAACAUUUAGCAAUUUUGUUUAUUGUAAACGUCCAUCAUUUCUUUGUUUGUUAAUUUGUAAGUUUUGAUGGGUUGCGAAACGAAGAUGCAUUUGUUGGAAUUGGCUCCCCCUUGAAAUCUUGGUCUUCCUGUCUUUUUUUUCUCUGGCUGGGGAAGAAGGAUGGGGGGUCAUUGGAAGUGUCAUGUUAUAUCAGCUCAAAGGAUGUAAUAGUUGAGGCCCUGCAGGUGAGGUUUUGGCUCCCUGUAAACCUGGUCAAUGAAUUCUGUACAUCCGUAAGAGUGACGGGUUUAAAAUCUAUAUGUCCAGUUACAAUGAUUGUAUUGUUGUGGUUGUGUUUUGUUUUGUUUGUUUAUCUGUCAUUAGCAUAUUAAGCUUUGUGUGGUGGAGCCAUAGCAUCGUCCAUCACAGUUGAAACAUCUGAACAGGUUAUAAGCAACAGCACACUCCUGAAAUGUUUAAGGCUCCAAUACUGAAUUGCCAGUAUUUUUCAGUAUUUUUCAUAUUUGACAAUAAGGAUCUACACAGUUUCAGCUGCAAAUGUGUUUGGUAUGAUGUUGGCUCCAGUAAGUCUGAAUUAAAUAAGUUGGUACAUGCAUGUUUCAGAAAGUAUGAAAAGGUGUUGCUCCACACUGUGUCAUCCUAAGCUCUCAGUUUGUUAUCUCUGCUGUACUGCUUGUACAUGUUAAAGUAAUGUGAAUAAACAGGGAAAGAGAAAGUUGGCAGGGGCUCUUACAAUGAGUACAAAUCAGCUACAUUAUAGAGACAGUCUGAUGUACAGCAUGUAUGUUAAAUGAUGAUGUACAGUAUGUAUCUUUUAAGUCCUGUGGUUAAGUUGGUUUAUGACCAUGCGCUGUUCAAUGCAAUGUCCAAUACAAAAUGUUUCUUUCAGUAAUGUACCAUACACUGUAUUGUAUUCCUGCUUUCCCAUUGUUAAGAUGUUCCUUUGUGUUUUUUUAUGUGUGUGUGUAAAAUUUGUGAGAUAAGCAAUACUAAUGUUUUACCUUUUUGCACAUUUUUACUGUAUACCCUGUUACAGUAAAAUGUACUGUGCAUGAAUGGUAAUAAAAAAAUUUAACUGCGUCA